AUGGCCAGAAUUAAGAAGAAGGGCGUCGCCGGACAGGCCAAAAACUUCAUCACCAGGACCCAAGCCGUGCGGAAGCUUCAAAUUCCGCUCCCCGAUUUCCGCAAACUUUGCAUCUGGAAAGGAAUCUACCCGCGCGAACCACGCAAUAAGAAAAAGGCUUCGAAAUCGUCCAGCGCAUCUACGACAUUCUACUACACCAAAGAUAUCCAAUAUCUGCUGCAUGAGCCGCUGCUACAAAAGUUCAGAGAGCAAAAGGCGCUUGAGAAAAAGAUAUCCAAGGCGCUGGGACGUGGAGAUGCGCAUGAUGCGCAGCGUUUGGAGAAGAAUGCCAAUCGGCCGGAGAAGACGGGGAAAACAAAGUACACGCUCGACCAUGUUAUCCGCGAACGCUAUCCAACGUUUGUGGAUGCGUUGAGGGACUUGGAUGAUUGCUUGAGUAUGCUGUUCUUAUUCGCCAACUUGCCUUCUACACCGACUGUGCCUGCAAAGAUGAUCGCUCGAUGCGAGCGACUGUGCUUAGAGUUCCAACAUUACUUGAUUUUGUCGAACAGCUUGCGCAAGUCCUUUCUGUCCAUCAAGGGAAUUUACUAUCAGGCUACGAUUAUGGGUCAGGACAUCUUGUGGUUGGUGCCGUAUAAGUUCAAUCAGCGUGUUACGAACGAUGUCGAUUUCAGAAUCAUGGGCACAUUUGUGGAGUUCUACCAGACUUUGCUUGGUUUUGUCAACUUCAAACUUUACACUCAGAUUGGCUUGGUCUAUCCUCCGAAGUUUGACAAAACCAAGGACGAUUCCGGAGCUGAGUUGGGUGCAUUUUCUCUCGAGGGCAAUGGCAUUGGUGCUAUUGUGCAACCAAAACCAAUUACCAAUGGAGAGUCCGCCAAGCCAGACCCGAAGCUUCAAAAGGAGAUUGACAAGUUAAUGUUGCAAUUGCACCAACCCGAGGAGGCCAAGAAGCAAGCCAAAAGUCAGACAGUAGGAGAAGAAGAGGAGGAGGAGCAAGCAACCGAUACCAUCGACAAAUUCGAGCCAGCAGCUCCUGGUGGAGACAUCCUGCUUCAGCCUUCAUACGCUUCGACUGACCCGUCUACCCUCUUCUCGAACUUUACAUUCUUCCUCUCCCGAGAGACUCCCCGACAACCGAUCGAAUUCAUCCUCCGCGCCUUUGGCUGCAAGCGCAUCGGUUGGGAUGCCGUUCUCGGUGACGGCGCGUUCACACACAACGAGCUUGACCCUUCCAUCACCCACCAAAUUGUUGAUCGCCCCCCUAUCAUUCAGGCUGACCCGGAGUUAGAAGCGCAGGCCGAGGACAAUCAAACUUCACAGAAGCUCAGACCCGGUGCUAGAGUACCAGGACGUAUCUAUGUUCAGCCGCAGUGGAUUUGGGACAGUGUUAACGAGGAGGAGCUCAAGAGACCAGAUCUGUAUGCACCAGGUGCACAACUCCCACCCCAUCUCAGUCCCUUCGUGAAGAAAGUCCGGGGACAAUACGACCCUAGCGCUCCUCUCAACGAGCAAGAGCGUGAAGAUGAGGAGCUGGAGAUGGACAGUGAAGAUGAGGCUGAAGUGUCCGAUGAUGGUAUGGCUGUCAAGGAUCCUAAGAUACUCGCCGAUGAGGACGUCGAUGCCACUGCUAUGGGUAUGGAUAUCGCAGGCUCAGAAGACGACGAAGAGGAAGAUGAUGAGGAAGACGCCGGAUCGUUUGGCGGCUUCUCCGAUGCCGAAGAGGAGGAAGAAGAUGAAGCUACCUCAUCCGCUCUCCGAAGACAGCGCGAGCUCGAAGCAGAACUCACCGGUGUCCAACUCGAGGAGAAGGAAGUCGACCCCAAGGCCAAAGCAAAGGCCGACGCGAAGAAGAAGAGAGCAAAGGAGCUCAAAGAAGAGGAUGAGAGCACGGAGAGAGCUAAGAUGAUGAUGAGCAGGAAGAAGAGGAAGAUCAUGGAGAAGAUGAUCUAUAGUAAUAAGGCGAAGGACGCCGAGGCUGAGAAGCUUAGGGCGAAGAGAAGAAAAAUUGAGAAAGCGGGUAAGGGCCCUGUGCGAAAUUAG